AUGACGCGCAUCCCGGCCAAUUAUCAGAAAUUUUUAAGGGAAUCAAGGGAAGGCGCUGAUCUAAAAUCGACAAAAAGCACCCGCUCAAAACCGGCACUACCGAUUCCGGGAGCCAAUGAAAAUCGGUUCACAUCGUCAUUUUACUGGCUGGCCGCCCAGCAUCGUGUUAUUGGACUGCGACAUUUGCUCAUGUUCGGACUUGUCGUCACCUACUCCCUACUUGGAGGAUGGAUGUUUUCGAUGACCGAAUCCUCUGCCGAACGCCGAGUACACCAAAACAAUGUUGCGGAUGCCGUCGUCGCCUUAGAAAGCGCUUUGGAAGCGAUGGCGGUAGAGAUGGCCAAUGGCGCCUCCACCAAUGACUCGACUUUCACUGAGGUCGGCGGUGCGAGGCAAUUUUUGAAAGAUGCAUAUCAGCAUUUGCUAAAAGCUGAAGGUCGCUGGGAUCAAUCGGCUUUCCAAAAAAGCCAAAGUGACGACGGGAUGCUGUGGAAUUUUUGGUCGGCCGUCUUCUAUUCCACGAAUCUGUUCAUGACUGUCGGAUACGGAACGAUUGCCCCAGUGACGGAUUUGGGACGGGUGCUCACCGUCGUCUAUUCAAUUAUAUUCAUUCCCCUGUCGAAUGUCGUCAUCAGGGAUCUGGGUCAAUGGUUUUUAGUUGGAUUGACCAGGGUUUAUGCUCGAUUUUUGAUACGCUGGAAACGGGCACGCGGGGAAGAGUUGGAUGACGACGAGGACAUUGUGUUGCCCAUCUCAAUCACCGCACUAAUAGUAUUAUUAUAUUGGCUCCUAUGUUCUUUCCUUACUUGGGUCUAUGAUGCAAUGGCCGGCAGCAGCGGCUCUGGGAUGACGUUCUGGGGCUCUGUCUACUUUUCUUUCAUUACCCUAACAGCAAUUGGGCUCGGUGAUUAUAUGCCAAACAAUGUCCCGCGAUCACCGUUGAUGAAGAUUUGGUAUUUCCUCGGGUUGCCGGUGUUUAAGGUCGUCAACCGUGUCUCAUAUGUGGCGCUGGAAAACGGGAUUUUCGGCACUUUCACGGUGCUCGAGAAUCGCCUUGAAGAAACAUACCUGAACAGAAAAGCCGCCGAACAGGUGCAUCCUCAAGAUACGGAGGUGCCGGCACAGCCGAUUGGUGGUCAAGACGGUCUACGACGUCGCCGAAUGUCCAUGGCGAGCUGCAAAACGAUGAAUCCGGAAGAGCAAGAACAGAUCAAUGAAGCACUCAACAAUUUCACCGUCCGUUCAAUAGCCACAUUUAUGAAGGCGCGUUCUGACGUGUACGCGGGCGACUUUGGACGCGUGCGCAUGACGAAAUCCCAAAUGAAUGAGCAGGGACUA